AGUCAUUUUGGCUCAAGUAAAUGUCGUGCCCAGCUUUUCUAAGCGAAAUGUGCACGUGAGUUUUGAGAGAGAUCCACUGUGCCGGAUCUUAUAUACGAGGGAUAGAGUAGAUCAAUCAUGGCUCAUACGUGGUAGUAAGUCGACGUAGGGCGGAGGUAUCUCCCUCUCUUUCAUAUUCGGCACAAAGGUUUCGGUUUAAGUAAAUAAGUAAUUGAGUAUCGCAUGUCGUCGAGCCCCGAUCGUCGCCGGGGUACGUUCUUUUCCCUGUUCGGGCCCUUUGUAGGCAUUGUCGGCGGGCAUAUGUAUCCCUUCGCAGGAAAGAAUGUUGCUACUAGUGAUGCUGGAACUAUAGCGGGAAAUUGUCGACCCAGGUCCCAAAAAAAAAAGUGAUCUCACUAAUAUGCCCGUGGGGCUUGGCUCUAGCUUUUCUACAGCGGUGGCCGUUGUGCUUCAUCGUUUGCGUAAUCGUAGCGCCUGGCCGUUGUGCUCCAGGCUUCCCGCGGGGUAAUUAAGUGGAAUUAUAGCGGGAAACUGUAGACCAGGAAACCAUGAAGCCAUGCAGCUGCCUACGCUUAUGGGGCGACGACGAAGCGCAAACGAACCAAGGUCGCACCAGACCUUCAAGAAACCAGUAGGAGCAAGCUGGCCCUAGUAUAGAGUAGCUCCACCAAUACGAUCAUAUACCUGAAGGCAUCUUAGUGAUUAUUCGCGGGCCGUCUCACUUUAAAAAAGUUCGAUCUCAGUAGUGGCGCCGCCCUCUGUGCCGAGUGUCCACAGCUUGCAGCUUCAGGUCCUAGCUAGCAAGUGGCCACAUCAAAGUGCUUGCCCUUUCCGUGUUCGAUCCUCUAGGGUUUAGCUCUUGCCUCUCGGGGUUCAUCCGAUCAGGCCCAUCAUUGUUCUACCUAUGAGCCGUCGACGAAUUUGCCCGUGGGGUUUUGGCUCUAGCUUUUCUGCGGCGAUGGCCGUUGUGCUUCAUCGUCUAGUAUUUUUAGGUGCCUGGCCGUUGUGCUUCAGGAUUCUCGCAGGGUAAUUA